AUGGCUCCAAAAGAAAUCACUCAUUUUACAAAAUUCCGUACUGAUACCCAAAAAUUCAAGAAGCGCAAGCCAGCAAUCACUAAUGAAUCGUCGAUAAAUAUUCCCUGCAGAAAAAAAUAUAAAGAAAAUCAAAGCUUUGAAAUCAUUUUUUCUAUAUGAUAUGACACAUGGCCUGGGGAGCGUAUUUUUAUCACAGGAGGCUAUGAUUUCUUACUCCUUCCUACUUCUAACGAAUUAACCCUUCGCUAGUGUGCAAAUAAUUUUUAAAAUAGAAUAACUUGAUAUGUAAUUAAUGAUGAUUAUUGCUAAUUAUAUCAAAUUUUAUCCAAAAUCCAAAAUUAAAUUAGAUUUUUUUUUAAAUUCGAAUUUCUAAUCCAAAAAUAAAAAAAAUUCUAUAAAAAUCUCUUUUGCAAGGAGAAAACAAGUUUGCUCAUUGAUCAUGAGAGAUAGGGGAAUGAAAUAUAUGCAAAGCAAUAGAAAUGGCAUGGUUCGAAGGAAAUGAAUGAAGAGCAGGUCUGCAUUUAAUCGCAAAUAAAUUUCCAACAUUUGAAUAUAAGUAUGCAGUUGUCAGCAGUGAUGGAGUUAGAUGGGAGGAAGGACCAUUUCACCAUAUAACCCACCCUGAAGGGAAUGAAGACGAUGGGAGAGUUCUAAUAACCAGAAAUGAUUUUUGGCAUCUUUAA